AUGCCACAAGCAACUUUAUAUUCAUUAGAAAACUAUACAUUUGGAACAAAAGAAGCCCAACCAGAAGAAGAUCCUUCUGUCUCUGCUAGACUCAAACGAUUAGAAACUGAUUUCGAACAGCAUGGAAUGAGACAAUCUGUAGAAGCCGUACUUGUUGUCCAUCAGCACCAACAUGCACACGUACUCAUGUUGCAGAUUGCUAAUUCAUUCUUUAAAUUACCAGGACAUUAUCUCAAACCGGGAGAGAGCGAAGAGGAAGGAUUAAAAGAAAUUUUGAAUUUAAGGCUUGGACCUGAAGAUACAUCCGAAUGGAAUACUGCAGAAGAUUGGAAAAUAGGCGAAAAGCUGUCUACUUGGUGGCGACCUAAUUUUGAGUCGUAUAUGUAUCCCUAUGUGCCAGCUCAUGUAACAGAACCAAAGGAAAAGAAGUCAUUGUAUAUCGUUCAUUUACCACCGACAAAGGUGUUAUAUGUACCAAAGAACAUGAAGUUGUUGGCAGUACCAUUGUUUGAAUUGUAUGAUAAUUCUGCACGUUAUGGUGCACAAUUAUCUACUAUUGCACAUUUAUUAAGUAGAUAUGAUUUUGUAUUCGAGAAUAAAACUAUUACUUGUCAAGAGUAA